CAGAGACCAGACGACGUCGUCCUACGGGUUUCUCCUCCCACCAUAGUUUGAAACGCAAGCUCGCGGACUAAAGUGUUAGGUUCGAAGGAAGUCUCGUCCCGAGCCAAAAAUGAAGACAGCGUUACGGCUAUCUUCCUUUACGCGCCAGCUUCACUCGCGUUCUCCCCCACGCGCUGCCGCGUUCAACCGAGUCCUCACCUCCCUCGUCAGGGCGAAGUGCUUCCCCGCCGCGAUUUCUCUCUGCGCCCAAACGGAGUCCCGCGGCGAUGUCAUCCCUUGCCACGUCACCCUCACCAUCCUCAUCAACUGCUUUUGCCACGUCGGCAAAGUCGCUCUCGCCUUCUCUGUCUUCGGAAAGCUACUCAAGCGCGGCCUCCCCUAUGACGCCGUCACGCUCAACACCUUAAUCAAAGGCCUCUGCCUUGACGGCGACGUUUCGUCGGCGCUCAAGUUCUAUCAGGAAAUGGAGGCGGAGGGGUUUGAGUUCACCGAAGUCACCUACGGAACGUUAAUUAACGGACUCUGCGAUGUAGGGAAAACAGAAGAGGCUAUUAGAUUGUUGAGAAUGAUGCAAGCUUGCGUUCCUAAUGUUAAACCUAAUGUGAUUAUGUAUAGUAGAAUUAUCGAGGGUUUGUGUAAGGAAGGACUUGUCAAUGAGGCGUGUGAGUGGCAUUAUGAAAUGGUUGGUAACAAUGUUGAGCCUAAUGUGUUCACUUACAGGCCUCUUGUGAGAGCGUUGUGUAUCGCGGGACGGUUAAACGAGGCGGUUCGGAUGGUGGAGGGGAUGGAUAGGAAGGGUGUGUACAUUGAUAUUUAUGUGUUUAGUGUUUUGAUCGAUGCGUUCUGUAAAAAAGGAAUGGUGGUGGAAGCGCGGGAGGUGUUUGAUGAAAUGAUCAAGAGAGGUUGUGAGGUUAAUGUCGUUGUGUGCACGGCCUUGAUGGCGGGCUAUUGUUUGAAGAACGAAGUGGAUGAGGCAAGGAGGUUGUUUGAUGCAGUUGUGAGACGGCCGGAUGUUUGGAGUUAUAAUGUUUUGAUGAAUGGGUAUUGCAAGGUUAGGAGAUUGGAUGAUGCAAAGCUGUUAUUAAAUGAAAUGCGUCGGAAGGGUGUGAUUCCGAAUCUUGUGACUUAUAAUUUGUUGUUUGAUGGUUUUUGUAAAUGUGAGAUGAUGGCAGAUGCUCGGCAAAUUGUUAAGGCAAUGUGUAAGAGUGGUGUCACGCCGGAUGUUGUUACUCAUAGUAUCUUGUUGGAUGAUUUGUGCAAGAGGCAACGUCUUGGUCAGGCGGUUGGUAUGUUUUGCCAGAUGAUGAAGAGGGGUGUGACACCUGAUGUUUGGAGUUAUAGUAUAUUGAUUGAUGGUUUUUGCAAGAAUAAGAGGAUGGGUGAGGCCAUGAAUUUAUUGAAUGAAAUGCUUUUUAGGAAUUUGGUUCCUCAUAUUGUGACUUACACUUCUCUUAUUGGUGGACUGUGCCAAUCUGGGAGAUUGAUGAUUGCGUGGAGGCUUCUGAAUGAUUUGCACCAUGAUGGUCGACCCCCUGAUAUUAUUGCUUACAGUACCCUGUUGAAUUCUUUAUGCAAAAAUGAACGUCUUGACAAAGCAAUUCUUUUGUUUAAUCAAAUGAUUAGGAGGGGUUUGGCACCUGAUGUUUGCAGUUAUACCAUCUUGAUUAAUGGACUAUGCAAGAGUGAAAGGAUAGAUGAAGCCGUUAAUCUUUUAAAAGAAAUGCAUGUAAAAAAUUUGGUUCCUGAUACCAUAACUUAUAUUUCUCUUGUUGAUGGCUUGUGCAGAUCUGGGAGAAUCUCGUAUGUUUGGCAGCUUCUUAAUGAGAUACAUGGCAAUGCUCCACCCCCUGACGUUGUCAAUUACAUCGAUGCACUUUGCCCGCGCAUGCAUCUUCACAGCAAAUGCCUUGCUUCAACUUAUUGAUGAAUGGGCUUUGUGUGAAGAGAAAUUGUUGGAUGAAUGGUGAACUUGCUUUAAAAGCUGGGAAAAUUCUUGCUCUUCUGAAAAACAACAUUAAAUCAAUAGAAGAGAAACUUUUACAUGAAGUGGUAAGUGGAUAGAGGCCUUGUAAGAUGAUACAAUAAGCCAUGCUGGCAGAUUUGACUCUUCACAGCUGAUUGACUACAGACCCCAAGACCCUCCAAUGAUUCUAUCCAAGUAGUUCCAGCCACAUUAUACUUAUCACACAGGGAAGAAGCUCAACAGCAGUAAGGCGGUAACCAAUAAGUAAGCCUUUGAAUAACUAGUCAAAGUAGCAUGUAUGUAGUGACAAAGAACAGCUCUCUUCUUUCCCCACCUUCACAAUUUCCACAGAAAUUAUACCUUUUUUGGAGUGAGAGAGAUGCUAAUGACGUUAUUAAUAUGAAGAUGGGAGAACACAUGUGUUGCUAUCAGAUGUCUCAAGAAAAUGGAAGAAAGAUGUUGCAAUUUGGAUAUUAUAGCUUACAGAACAAUUAUGUGCAAUCUCUGGGAGCAUAGCAAGGUAUGUUAGGCUUGCAAUUUGUGGUUGGAAAUGACUUGUAAAGCCAUUCGUCUGUUCUGAAAGGCAUCUGUGGAGAGGUGUUUGGAAAUCCCAUCUCGUUUGCCUCAGUACUUGAGGUACGGGUUAUAUAUUUGUUGGGCAACUUCGUUUCGCUAAUUGAUUUUAAGAUGUAUUUUGACACUUUUUAUGGCGUCUUUCAUCAAAUUAUGCAAACAUUGAGCCCUAACAAUUGAUGUAGAAGAUGCAAAAAUUGCUCAACAAAUAUAUUAACUCGCACCCUGAGAAUUAAGGUAGAUGUGAAGUUUCCAACAAAAAGUAUUUCAUUUAAUGAUUUACAAGGGCUGCUCACCAAAUGUUGUAACUUACAAUUCAUUAAUCCAUUUCUUGGAUGGCAUGAUUAAUAAUGGACUAAAUCCUGAUGUCUUCACUUGAAUAACUCUUAUUGGGGGUACGAAGGUGGGAAACCAGUAGCUGUAAAAAAAAUUUGUACAAUGCGCAAGCAUGAGCAACUUCCUGAUCUCCAAAUUCAUGCCAUUAUUUUGGAUGGCCAUUUAAGUGCCAUUUUUAGCUGAGGCUGCAUCAUUGUUUAGGAAAAUGGAGGAGAUGAAUUUGGAUCUUAAUAUUUGUAACUUACGGUAUUAUGCUCAUGGAAUGCAGCCUUGGAAAGCUAAGUGAUGCAAUGGAACUCUUUUCUUCUCUGCCUGCUAAAGGGAUUGCUGGAAAAUCUUGAUAUUUCCAUAUCAAUAAAUAACUUCAAGUGAUGAAAGGCAAAGGAUUUUGUGCAAAUGCUACCGAACAAUAAAGGAAUUUGUUUGAACAUAACCGUGUAUAUUCAAAAUCAUGAGGCCAGCCUGUUAGUAGAGUCUGACUCUAUACACUGGGGGUUUGAUACAAGUUUUUCUCUUUCUCAUACCAAUUACGAUUAUUGUUAUAAUAUAUAGUUCUUAAAGUUACUA